UAAAAUGGAGGCGAGCGGAGGAGCGGCCGAGCUGUGGAGCUGGUUUCUACUGUCCCACCGCAGACACCUCUAAUUUAUAUUAAUGUACAUAAACCCCGGGCCUCCAUGAAGAGACCCGGCUCUGUCACAGCGGUGUGUCGGAGGGAGCAGCCCGGUGCUUGCUGUCCACAGUCGGUGUAUUUAUUCGGGUCUGGAGCGGGGAUUCAGACGCAGGACCUGAGUUAGCUCGCCCGCACACAGUCUGCUCAUCCACGGUCCGUGUCCGUCCGCCUCUCUACCGGACACGAACCAGGCGAAGACAUGUACAACACGGUGUGGACCACGGAGAAGGAGGAGGGCGACUGGAGGGACGUGAUGAUGCCGUAUUCCACCGAGCUCAUCUUCUACCUGGAGAUGGACCAGCCGCCAGCUCUUCCUCCAAAGCCGGCGAAGCCCCAGCAGCCCUCCUCUGUCGGGGUGGGAGGGGGCGGCGGCAGCAACAACGGCGCCAAGGAUGGAGGAGCAGGAGGCUCGCUGCAAGAUGCGGAGUGGUACUGGGGAGAUAUAUCCAGGGAGGAGGUGAAUGACAAGCUCAGAGAUAUGCCUGACGGGACCUUCCUGGUGCGGGACGCUUCCACCAAGAUGCAGGGCGACUACACUCUUACACUGAGGAAAGGGGGCAACAACAAGCUGAUAAAGAUCUACCACCGCGACGGGAAGUACGGCUUCUCUGACCCGCUGACCUUCAGCUCGGUGGUGGAGCUCAUCAGCCACUACAGACACGAGUCUCUGGCUCAGUACAACACCAAGUUGGACGUCAAACUCAUGUACCCCAUCUCCCGCUUCCAGCAGGACCAGCUGGUGAAGGAGGAUAAUAUUGAUGCGGUUGGGAAGAAGCUCCAGGAAUAUCACAAUCAGUACCAGGAGAAGAGCAAAGAGUACGACAGACUGUACGAAGAAUACACCAAGACGUCGCAGGAGAUCCAGAUGAAGCGCACGGCCAUCGAAGCCUUCAACGAGACCAUCAAGAUCUUCGAGGAGCAGUGCCACACGCAGGAGCGCUACAGCAAGGACUACAUCGAGCGAUUCCGCCGCGAGGGCAACGACAAGGAAAUCGAGCGGAUCAUGAUGAAUUACGAGAAGCUCAAGUCACGGCUCGGAGAGAUCCACGACAGCAAGGUGCGGCUGGAGCAGGACCUGAAGACGCAAGCCAUGGACAACCGCGAGACGGACAAGAAGAUGAACAGUCUGAAGCCUGACCUCAUACAGCUCCGCAAGAUCAGGGACCAAUAUCUAGUCUGGCUCAAUCACAAAGGAGUUCGUCAGAAACGAAUUAACGACUGGCUGGGAAUCAAGAACGAGAACACUGAUGAAGCCUACUUUGUGACUGAGGAGGACGAGAACUUGCCUCACUGCGAUGAGAAGAGCUGGUUCGUCGGGGACCUGAACCGGGUACAGUCGGAGGAGCUGCUCCUCGGGAAGCCAGACGGAGCGUUUCUCAUCCGCGAGAGCAGCAAAAAGGGCUGCUACGCCUGCUCUGUAGUUGUUGAAGGUGAGGUGAAGCACUGCGUCAUCUACAGCACGCCGCGCGGCUUCGGCUUCGCUGAGCCCUACAACCUGUACAGCAGCCUGAAGGACCUGGUGCUCCACUACCACCAGACCUCGCUGGUGCAGCACAACGACUCGCUCAACGUCCGCCUCGCAUACCCCGUCUACGCACAGAUGCCCUCCGGACGCAGAUGAACCCCACCCGUCUGCUCACACUCCCACAUAGACAACAAGCCAACCCCCUCUCGGGGAAAGGGAGAAUGGGAAGAGUGAAGGAAGGAAGGAGGGAGGGGGAGGAUUGGUUGAAGUACAAACGACCCCCGACACCAGACCCGUAAACGAUAGAUAGAAACACUUGCUGCAACACACACGUCAGCCACCUUGGAGUUAUAUAUAUUUUUACAAGAACAUUUUCGGAGGGCAUUCUUUCUAAAGACUGCUUGAUUUGCACAAGGAAGUUUUAAAUGUUUGUGAAUGUGAAAAAAAAAAUAAGCGACAGAGGGAAGGAAGGAAACGGAGUAGGCAACUUCAGAGUUUCAGGUUGACCCCGCUGCUACCUAAACUCCAGCUCAGACUUUUUACGAGAAACUCAAAAAAAAAAAAAAACCAUGCGAAUGACGACGAAGACGACAACAAAACAUUCCCAUUCUAAACCUUUUCUUUCACCUCGAAUGAUUCUAUUACUGCUUUUAGUUUUAUUUUAGUUUGUUUCUGGAGUCGUUUUCAUGUUUCAGAUGUUUCCUUUUUGUUUACUCCCAACUUUGUUUGUGGUGAAUGCAAGAGGAGACGAAGACGACGAUGAUGAUGAUGAUGGUGAUGAUGAUGUCAAGUGUCUGUUUCUGACCCUCUCCGUACGAGAAGCAGAAAUAAUGUAGCAUAACGGAAAAACAGACGCUCGUGUUGUGGAGCGUUCCUCCAUGUAGACUGCUGCUGCUGAGGGGUUAAAGGGGGAGGGUGGGGGAGUUGAACGGGGGAGUGGGAGCACAAGUGACACUAACAGUUUUGUAGAGUUGAAGGACAAAAGGUUUUUGCUUUUAUACAAACUGUAGAGUUUUGUUUUUUUUGCCAGUGUGUAAAUGGCAACGUCACAGAUUAGAACCAGAGACCAAAGUUAGUGUGAAGUGGGAGGAGCAAAGAGUCCUUUUCUUCUUUUCUUUCCCCCCUUUGUGAACGUAGGGAGGAGCUAAGAGAAACAAAUGGACGGUGUGUUUGAGACCACACAUAAAACUGAGUUUUGGAACACGUGCUUUUGCACCAAAUAGCCUUUUUUUUCUGGAAAACCAAAUGGUACGAAAACAGAAACGCCAGCAGCUCCUGUGAACGCAGAUGGUCGAGUAGGAAGCACUUACACGAGCCUUGUUUGUGACCUCGGCUCUGAACGUCGCCCUGCGCAGAAAACUGAGAUGAACAGGAACACAAAUUAUAGUUGUGGAAUAUGUUUGGUUUGAGUGUUUAGAACAAGUAAUAAUGAAAUAGCAGCAAACUCCUCUUAGGUAAUGGGGAAAGAGUAAAUAAAGUUUUAAGUGAAGUUUUUUUUAAGCGUGUUUAACCACAUUUAAAAAAGCAUUGAAGUUUCGCUGCACUCCUCAUUUUAAAUGUUUGCACAGUAAUUUGAACGACAGCUCAGAGCUCUGAGGUCACAAGCGGCUCCGCACGAGACCAGACAGGAGGAAGAUUUAAAACACUUUCACCGAAAUCCUCCGAACGGAGAGAAACCGUCGGGACCAGAAAACCUGAAAACCCAUUUUAUGUGUGGUUUAAAAAAGCCGGUGAGCGAGUGAUGACAGGCGAGUGAAUGCUACAGACUGUGGGUUGAAAACUUUGUGCUCUUUGUUAGAAAACCUUCAGAAAUAAUAAGCUUUGAUAAAUGAUGUUUUUUAUGUGCAACGCAGCGAGAGGAGGCGGAGUCCCGAGCUGAAGACACAGGCUUAAGGAGAAAAUACUGAAAACUUGAAAGAACGUGCAAUCUAGCGUUGUGUUAAUGAAGUUCAGCAAGCAGAGCGAGCGAGAGAGAGAGAGAGCGAGAGAGAGAGAGAGAUGCACUACGGUCCGAGAGAUAAUCAAAGUGCACAGUGAAGCUUCUGGAGUGAAAGUCACUUUUUGUUUGUUGGUUCUUUUUAUUUGAUUUCUGUUGAACUUGUUUUUUAAGCUCAGAACUUCUCGGCCGGUGCUCGACUUUAUAACCAGUGGAAGCAUUUUUCUGUCAAAGACUAAAACAAAUAAAAAAGCAUCACGCAAUAAAAAUGAUCUUCAAAAACUGAAGAGAAAAACAAGUUGCAUUCUAUUCUUCCUGGAGAUUCUCUGUUCGCUGAUUGGCUGAGACUAAGAAUGAGAGGGGGGGGGGGCGGAGUCACUGCCGUCAAGGUUCCUAAUAAAAAGUAAAGGGGGGGGUCAUGUGAUUCUGGUAACGGCAGCUGUUCUCACUUCACCCCACCUACCCCCCAACAACAACAGCCUGUGAGGUCGUCAACCAAAACGCACCUCCGAGACGAUGCUGGUUACAAAGUCAGACAAAGCACCGCCCCCUCCUCCUGAGCCCCUCCCCCGGUCUUCUGAGCGCGUGCGACAGGUCAAAGCGUUAAAUUGUUUGAGAAGCUGUGGAGGAAGGGGAGGAGUCACUGUGAGCGAAUGAUACAACAUUGGUUGUACCCACCACGUGUUUAUCUGCGACCGUCUCAACGGCCCCACCCCACCGUUAUCAUCCCGCCCCCGUGACACGGUCCACUCUGAUUGGCUGGAAGUGUUGGUUUGUGGAGAUGAAAGUCAUCGUCAAGUCUACACUUUAUUUCAUUUGAUCUUACGGAGACUGAAGUUUAGUGUGACCUGAAGGGGGCGGCACUAAGUCCAAUCUGUUCUGUUCUUCACGGUCAAAUGAUUAAAAUUAAACUUACGUACGGAGAAAAAUGCUGAUCGACUUAAAUCACGCAGAUAUUGUGACGCAUCACGUUUUUAAAAUAAAACAAGCGCGUGGAAACGUACGACGUCGACGUGGAGACAAAUUCCACAAAACAAAACCUAAAAAAAGUUGCCGUCAAAUAAAAAAAACUAACUUAAAUUGACGUAAAAACGUGAGAUGACUUCACAGAUCAGCUCGUUCUGAUCGUGAGAACAGAACAAAUUCGAUUUCACUCGAUCUGCUCCCGGUUGCUCCUCCUCUACAUCCUCGCGUCGCUAAGACAACGAUUGCGGAGGAAGACGGGAGCGGCGGCGGCGGCACAGCUGGACACGACCGCCUCAGCAUGAAAUGAGAUUCUUAGAGACAUAGACCAGACGAGUCUCAGCUGCGGACGUGUUACUUCUCCUUCGUUGAGAAACGAACAUCGCGAGUUUCCGUCGCUGCGAUGUCCGAGGUCUUUCAGGAGGUUUCAGAUUCCGUAAUUUUUCAGGGGACGGCCGGCGGAGCGUCGAUAUAAUCUUGAAUGUACGAGAGGAUCGGUGCGGAUCCGAAACAGGUUUUCUCUUUCCCUCUUCUCCUUGUUUUUUUGUAAAGCACCGCCGUCACAUUUGUCCGUGACGGGAAACCAGGCGAUCCAAACUCGAGGUGCUCUCAGAGAAUCAGACAUUUGGUCUCCACCCCAGUCACGAACCCUCAGGUGUUUUCAGGUCACAGAUCGACCACAACAAAGCCAGCGAUUUGAGAAACAAAGUAAAUCAGGGUUUUUUCUUCAUCGAUACUUUCAUCACUCAGUCGAUUAAGCUUCAUCCCCACGACUUUGACUUUUCUAGUGUCCCUCGUGGCUUCCUCUAGCUUAGACGACAUCGCCACCUACAGGACGUCAUAGUCUGUCCUUCCCCUCCAUCACCAAUUCUUUUAUAGUAGCUGACUUGUUUUGUUUUUUUUGCGUAGGGAACUCAUAAACAGCCCUAACUCUUAUUACUUGAACAAUAUUGCAUUGCUCACUGCUGAAUGUCUUUAUAUGGAAAUAUAGGUUUAUUAAAGAGAAACAAACGGAGGAGUUCCCUGUCGUUGGUGAGCAGCAGGUUUUUCCAGAGUUUUAUGACAGAUGUACAGUAUUCGUUACAGGCAGAGAAACUUUAGGAGGGAGGUUUAAACUUUACUCAGAGAUAUGUUCCGAUCUUUUCCUUCACUGAGGGCUCGUCUGAAAUUGCACACAUUAUCAUCUACAAGAGACUUGUGUUAAUAUUUACCUGUGAUGUCUGAUCCUGAGUCACGAUUACACGCAGAUGUCCUAUCUAUCAUAUAUAAAUAUAUCUAUAUAUAAAUACUGCUUAAAGAUAUUUCUGGUUCUUCUCAGUUGUUCUUUGACUGUUUUUUGUUUUUUUUUAAUUAUUAUUAUAAUAUUUUCGUUUCUCCCAAAACAUUUAAACCAAAGAUUUGAGUUGGUGUCGAUCUUUCAGUUGUUGAUUUGAAGGCGAUGAGUCCGAGUUUUUUUGAAACCUCCACCGCCUUGAUGUGAUCACGACUCAGACGACGACAGCAUGUUGUGUGAGUGAGUCUCGUACAGUCGAUUUGUUCAUUUGUGUUGAAAAGAGCUCAAACUGGUUCUUUUGUCAGGAAGGAUCCGUCUCUAAGGUCGUGACAGUUCUCGUUCAGCGUUGCAAAACCAAUCACGUUCGAUCGGAUCUUUUUCUUUUGUGUUGUUGGUUUAAAGUGAAAAAAGCAAAAGUCCCAGGAGUCACUGCUUCUCCUUCAUGUUACUGCUGCUGGAAAUGUCCUGUAGAAAUCUAAAGGUUUCUUUUGACUGGAUCACGACGCAACUUUGAACAUUUUGAAGAGGUGAUAAAACGAAGCCCUGAAGUCACGACUGACACGACGGGUUCUUCAUCUUCAUCAAACACGAUAUUAUCGCCUGUAAACGUGUGGAAACAUCAGAACCUCAAGAUCAACAACAUAUUAAUGUUGUGCUCACUAGAUUAUAAGAUUAGUAAUAAAAAUUAUACAAGAAGAUGAUCACAUUUUCAUUUUUUUUAAAUUAGACAAGGAAGUUAAAAUUUACACUUUUUUCUCAAUUAGAUUAAAUUCUUUCUAAACUUGAUGAUUCGAUUUACGAACAUUUAUUAUGAUUUAUUUAAGGAAACAACGUGACUUUUCAUCACUUCCUGAUCCGAGCUUUCUACAGGACAGUUUCUGUUCUCUAUCCCAUCACAACUUGCAAUAUUCCCUGUUCUGUCCGCGGGUGUUUCUGAGCGGACGAGGUUUCCGUUUGCAGUCGUACGGAAAGAAAAGCAGCUGAAAGGUUUUCGUGGGACAAACCAAAAUAUCUGUUGAUUUUUUUACUGACUGUUCGGUUGAGUUUUCACUUUGGGAAACUCAGCUUCUACUAAAAUAACUCCAGGAAACUCAUGAAGAAAACAAAGGUACAUUCAGAUUCACAGGUGCAGCCUCAGUAACACGAAGGUCCGACAAACCUACUGUUACCUUUUCUUUCUGAGCGUUUAUGCUCACUACCACCACAGGACUGUUAACAAAGCAACUGUCUGUUGUUCCUCUGCUAAAAUAUUAUUACUACUACAACUACUACAACUGGCACUCGAGCAGAUCUGCAAAGUUUUAUUUGCAGCCGGGUUUGAAUAUGUUUGUGAUUCUCACGAGGAGUCGUGUUGUGUUCUUACCACUGCUUAUCUGAUCACAGUACCCAGCACAGCUUCGAAGAGGAACAAGCUUCUUUAUAGAUAAAGUUAUAUAAAGUUCAUAUCUUCGUGAACUUUUGCAAAAACAAACUAAAAAAAAAAAAAAAAAAAAGAUUUUAAAAAAAGUGUAUAUGACACCCCUCCCCCCCCCCGUCCUCUCUUUGACCCUUUUUGACAUACGUACAGAUCCAGCAUGCAUAUUUGGUACUAUUGACUGUUGUUUUUUGUGUAUAAAAGAAAAACGGUAAAAAAGAUGUCUUUGAAAAACAACUGUUAUUUGUCUGUUGGUGGUGUAUUCAGAUCUGAAUUUAAUAUAGCGAGUUUAACAUCACUGCUUUCAGCUGGAACAAGUUCUAGUCCUUUUUGUGUCGGUUGUAAAAUGCCAUGACGACGCAACACUGAGAAAGCGGAUCGCUGUAAACACUGGGACGUCGGCCCGUAGCCCAGUGCAUUGUGGGCUACUGCGAAUGAAUCGUAGGAAAUCUAAUUAUAAGGAAAAACAAAUGAGAGUUUUGUUUUAAAUCUCGAGUAUGAACAAGUUUUCAGAAGGUCUGCUUCUCGUGUUGAAACGUUCCGGUUCUUUCUCAGUGUCGCCCUCUGCCACUCCUGCUGCCGGCUGCUCUCGGUUUUCUCUCUCUUUGAAACGGAACCUUUUACUUUCUCAUAUCGGUUGCAAUAGUUUGUUGGUUGUAGACUUUGCCAUUUGUUAAUGAGCUGAACUCAUGUACGUUUAUCAGUGGAGCUCCACCAUAUUCAGUUCUCUUGCAGAAUAAAGAAAAU